GGCGGUUAAAGGAAGCGGAAGUUGGAGCGGCUGGAAAGGCUACCUGGAACCGCCUGGGACGGGUUGCGAUGUCCAGCAACAACAUGGCGGACCCGCGGCGGCCUAACCGCGUGCUCAGGUACAAGCCUCCAUCUACAGAGAACAAUCCUACCUUGGAAGACCCUACACCAGACUACAUGAAUUUACUGGGAAUGAUUUUCAGUAUGUGUGGCUUGAUGUUGAAGUUGAAGUGGUGCGCCUGGAUUGCGGUUUACUGCUCAUUUAUCAGCUUUGCCAAUUCAAGGAGCUCAGAAGAUACCAAACAGAUGAUGAGCAGCUUUAUGCUGUCUAUCUCUGCUGUGGUGAUGUCCUAUCUGCAAAACCCUCAGCCCAUGUCUCCUCCUUGGUGAAAGGAUAACUUUUCUCCAUAGAGCUCUGCUCUUAUAGAGCAGAAUGUAGUCCUCGUUGAAGGGAGAGGACGUUUUUCUCAGGCAAUCCAAAUCCGUUUGCACAAGAGAAGUGUUGCAUAAUUUGGGAGUGCAUAUUGAGAUGUCAAUAGCUGGAUGGUUAUUAAAGAUGUUUUGGGUACAAUGCCA